AUGGCGGCCGCCCUGAAUUGCUUCAUCAGCAAGUCUUCAGACCGGAUGAACCCUUUUUUCCAGCUGUUGAGAAAAAAAGAAGCAUUUGAAUGGAGACCCGAGUGUACCGAGACAUUGCAAAGUCUUAAAAGAUACCUUAGUACACCACCUCUUCUGUCCACUCCAAAACCAGGAGAGGAGCUGUACCUAUAUCUAUCAGUCUCAGAUCACGCCGUAAGCGCGGUAUUAAUUCGAGAAGUUAACAAGGAGCAGAGGCCAGUAUACUAUGUUAGCAAGACUUUACUAGAUGCCGAGACACAGUAUCUACCCUUGGAAAAGUUAGCUUACGUGCUGCUUAUCGCCUCAAGAAAAUUGCAACAUUACUUCCAGGGGCAUACCAUCAAUGUCCUCACCGAGUUCCCCCUCAGAUCUGUAUUCAGCCGAGCUGAUUUCUCUAGCCGAACAGCAAAAUGGGCGGUAGAACUUGGUGAGUUUGACAUUCAGUACCAACCCAGGACAGCAAUCAAGGCCCAGCUCUAUGUCGACGGAUCAUCCAAUAACCGAGGCUUGGGGGCAGGAGUAGUACUUAGCUCACCAGAGGGAUUUAUUUGGGAGCAGGCUCUCAGGCUCAGUUGGAAGGCCUCUAACAAUAAGGCGGAAUACGAAGCAUUGCCGGCUGGCUUACACAGUGCCGAACAGUUCAGUACAGAACAACUUUUUGUUUUCAGCGACUCACAACUGGUGGUAAACCAACUUUCCAGUUGGGACAAAAACAUCCAUGCUGAUGCUCUGGCUUGCCUCAACUCGUCAGUAGAUACUAAAGAUGCUAGAAAAGUUUGGGUUGAGUUCGUGCUAGAACCAAGCAUUGUAUCUUCAGUCCUUUGUAGCAACUUAGAGCCAAGCUGGAUGGAUCCGAUACUUGCUUUUCUAAAAUCUGGCACUCUCCCCGAAGAUAAAAAGAAAGCCAACAAAGUCAGACACAGGUCAACUCGGUUUUGGAUCUCACCAUCUAGGAAGCUGUACAGAUGCUUCUAUCUCGGCCCUUAUCUUCUAUGCGCGUAUCCAAAUCUGGUCGAAAAUGUUCUCUACAAAAUUCACGAUGGGAUUUGUGGAUGCCACGUUAGUGGAAGGUCACUGGCACACCAGGCCCUCACUCACGGGUACUGGUGGCCACGGAUGCAACAAGAUGCACAACAGUACAUUCAGAAGUGCGAUAAAUGUCAGAGACGAUUUUUCAUCGCUCCAACCGACUAUUUCACUAAGUGGGCUGAAGUCGAAGCACUAGCAAGUAUCAAAGAAGUAGACCCAAAGCGGUUCGUCAUGAGGAACGUAGUAGUGCGUUUCGGCAUCCCGCGGGUACUGAUUGUAGAUAAUGGAACACAGUUUGAUGGGAAGAUCUUCAGAAAGUUUUGUGCUGACCUCAUAAUCGAAUAUCGGAACUCUUCUCCAGGGGUACCCACAAAGUAA